AUGGUGGUGGGAAGUUCCGAGGUGGGCCGCAUUCUGAAGCAGGUGGAGCGCGUGAGCCCUGGGCCAUACGUCCGUCCAACUCUUAGGAAGCAGCUUUCUCCCCAAGGGCUCUAUCGUUUUCUUGUGUCAGAUAACCUCAAGAAGGCUACCAGACCUGUCUCAGCUCUCGACUACAGCCCUGACAUCUACCUGGAGAGCUGGGCAUGUAAGCAAAAGACGAGUGGGCAGCUGGUGGAGAAGCAUGCCGGGUCCCUGCUGGGAGCCUUCCUGCCUGGCAUCUUCCUUGGGCAGAGGUUGUUCCCUCAACGCCAGUUUUCUUUCAAGAAAGCUGGAAGAGAAACAGCUGCAAAGAAGCCCAGCUACCAGUGUGAAGGAAUCGGAUUCAAGUACGUGGCCCUGGGAGACCUCGUCAUCCUCAUCACUUUCGGCCCGCUGGCCGUGAUGUUCGCCUACGCCGUCCAGGUGGGGUCCCUGGCGGUCUUCCCCCUGGUCUACGCCAUCCCCCUCGCCCUCAGCACCGAGGCCAUUCUCCACUCCAACAACACCAGGGACAUGGAAUCCGACAGGGAGGCCGGCAUCGUGACGCUCGCCAUCCUCAUCGGCCCCACCUUCUCCUACAUGCUCUACAACACGCUGCUCUUCCUGCCCUACCUGAUCUUCAGCAUCCUGGCCACACGCUGCAGCAUCAGCCUGGCCCUGCCCCUGCUCACCAUUCCCAUGGCCUUCUCCCUGGAGAGACAGUUCCGGAGCCAGGCUUUCAACAAACUGCCCCAGAGGACUGCCAAACUCAACCUCCUGCUGGGGCUCUUCUACGUCUUUGGCAUCGUCCUGGCCCCAGCGGGCAGUCUGCCCAAACUCUGA